UAUAGCUUAUAGCCUUCCUCGAUAAAUCGGAAUAGUAGUUCGAGAUUAGCGCGUUAACAAACUUCAGCUUUAUAAUAUUAGUAUACAUAAUAUUAGUAGCAUAAAUGUUCCCAGACGAAAUAUGGAAGCCACGAAUGAAUCAAUCAUGGAUAGAUCGCUUCAAGCGUCCCUUUCACCCGGCUUGGCUCGACUGGUGCGACCCCUACCAUUGUAACGACUAUCACAGAAUCGUGUGUGGCUUGAACAGAAAGAGCAAUAGAUUCAAGUGGUUCCAGAGCGGCUGUCAUUUGGUUUUGAGUAACUUGUGCGCGCAUUAUAGAGGCAGUUUGAAAUAUGACAUAGUAGAGAAUAAAUACUGUUCCCUAUACGUUAUGUUUCUACGUAUGGGCUGUCCGUCUGAAUGCACCCUUAAAUUGGAGCCCGUGUGUGGCGUGAGCCUUAUUGAUAACCACGUGGUGUUGUUUCGAAAUCGAUGCGAUUUUAAGAAGAGGAACUGUGAAGGAAGCAUUUUGGAAGGCUGUUUCAUACAAAGAUGUUCAAAUAAAGCAUCACAAACAACGCCGCUACACGAACGCAUCGAAAAACUGAAAAAACAACUAAAAGACGAGAUAAAACAUAAAAUAUUCGAAAACGUAUCACCCGAAGAUAAGCAUGCGUUUUCCGACGAAAACUACGAUUUGAUUCAAGACGAAAACGUCAAAAUCACACCCAUCGUACGUGCGAAACAGAAACGUCAAAAAACUUUGACAGCUGUCAAUGUCAAUGUCAACGUGACAAGCGCGGGAACGCCGAUGUUCAGAAAUCAAAGUCAACUGCGUUCGAGAAUAAAAAAGAAAAAGAAGCCAAAGGCUAAAAAGCCGUUGGAUAUAUUUUAUAGGCGAUACAAUGAAGAGAUUUUGAACGCUGAAAUACAGUGGACUCAUUGCCAGUAUAUGAUUACACCAUUUCUGACAGGAGUUCAAACUGACGUGGCGAAGAUGAAGAAGCUGUUGAAUCCGAAAGACCCGACUGUUGUGCGAUUACUACAGCUGCUCAGUAUAGAUGCAACGGCGCUAAACAAAGAGGAUAUAUAUUCAAUUCUGUACCAAAUAAGCAAUUUGAACAUACGAUUGUUUCAGUGGGAUGUGCCGUCUAUAAAACAUUUGCUAAAUGUCGUAAUAAGAGAUAAAGUGCACAACUUUCGCACAUUGAAGCACAGUUUAUCAGCUCUUUUUUCUGACUGGAAACUAGACGUCAGCAACGCCACAAGCUUGCUCAAACAGACUCGAAUAUUCCGCCCGCCAUGCGUCAGAGUCUCUGAUUCGGAUGGUUCUACAAAGUGGAAAAAAAUAUCAAUAUAUCCUAAAAAAACUCAAGCGACCACCAAAUGUGAAGAUGACGAUGAUUCCCGGCACAGAAAUUAAAAAAAAUAUAAAUAAAU